GCGCCCCCGCCCGCCAGCCCGCCCGGGACGGUUCCAGCCCCUUCCGUCCGCUGGGCCCCGCCGCUGUCCUCCGCCGGCCCGCGUGGGAGGACGAUGGGUCAGCGCGGAAAAAGUGAAUGAGGGCGGCGGCGGCGGCAGCGAGCGCCUGACUCGGCCGGGCCCGAGCGCCGCCCGCGUCCCCCAGCCGCCGACUCCAUGGACGCGCCAAGCACCUUGGUGGCCAAGCCCCCCACCGGGAGGAAGAUGAAGGCUCGUGCUCCCCCUCCUCCUGGAAAGCCUGCCACCGUGAACGUGCACAGUGAACAUAACCCUCCCCAAGAUGCAUCCCCUGGCCCUCAGCAGAACCUGCUCAACAUGAAGGAGAACCUGCAGAAUAGUGUGGUGGCCAUCACCGUGGUUCUUCCCAGUGGGCUGGAGAAGAGGAGCGUGGUCAAUGGGAGCCGUGCAAUGAUGGACCUUCUGGUUGAACUCUGCCUUCAGAACCACCUGAAUCCAUCACACCAUGCCCUUGAGAUCCGGUCUUUGGAAACCCAACAGCCUUUGAGUUUUAAGCCAAGUACAUUAGUUGGGACCCUGAAUGUGCAUACUGUGUUCCUGAAAGAAAAAGUUUGUGAAGAGAAAGUUAAGCCCGGCCCGCCUAAGGCACCUGAGAAAUCUGUACGUUUGGUCGUGAAUUACCUGCGAACACAAAAGGCUGUUGUGCGUGUGAGCCCCGAGGUGCCACUCCGAAAUAUUCUCCCAGUCAUCUGUGCAAAGUGUGAAGUCAGCCCAGAGCACGUGGUACUGCUGAGGGACAACACUGCCGGGGAGGAGCUGGAGCUCUCCAAGUCCCUGAACGAGCUGGGGAUAAAGGAGCUCUAUGCGUGGGACAAUAAAAGAGUUCUUCUGACCAAAACUCAGUCGGAGCCUUCCCUGAGCUACGGAGAAACCUUUAGAAAAUCAUCACUUGGCAAUGAGGAGACAGAUAAAGAGAAGAAAAAAUUUCUGGGAUUUUUCAGAGCUAAUAAAAGAAGCAAUAGUAAGGCCGAGCAGAUCGGGCUGUCAGGGGUGAACAGCGAUGAGGACACCUCCAAGUCAGCGUUGGGAAGGGGCUCCAACGGCUGUGUAACCACACCAAACUCCCCGGCUGUGAAUCCCCGUUCUGCUCCCUUGGGCCCAUCCCUGUCACUCAGCAACAUCUCAGGGGUGUCUGUGAAGUCGGACAUGAAGAAGCGCCGAGCCCCUCCACCUCCUCCCCUGCCCGGAACCGGAACGGGGCCACCUGCACAAGACAAGCCAUCUGAAAAGGUAUCCCUGGGCUCACAGAUAGAUCUGCAGAAAAAGAAGAGGCGGGCGCCGGCUCCCCCACCGCUGCAGCCACCGCCCCCCAGCCCCGUGGUGCCUGCGCGCACAGACGACAAGGAGGAGCACAGGAAGAGCGGGGCCGGUGUUGGACGGCAGGUGCCACAAAAGCCCCCCAGAGGCUCUGCUCGGGGGCCCCCCCAGUUAGUGCUCCCCCCACCCCCGCCCUACCCUCCUCCCGACAUGGACGUGGCAGAGCCCCUCAGCUUUCCUGGUCAGAAUGCUGGUCCCGAGGCCUCCGACCUGACACCCACACUGAGCCUGCUCCUGGGGCCUGGCAGUCCUUGUAGCGAGGAUGGGGUCCCACCUGCGCUGGCUGAGACCGAGGAGACUGUGUCUGUGGGCAGCUGUUUCGCAUCGGAGGACACCACUGAGGACUCCGGGGUGAUGAGCUCCCCCUCAGACAUCAUCUCUCUGGACUCCCAGCACGACAGCACGAAAUCCAAAGAUAAGUGGGCCACAGACCAGGAGGACUGCAGUGACCAGGACCUAGCUGGGACCCCGGAGCUGGGCCCCCAGAAGAGCCCCUCCUGGGAGAGGAGCAGCUCCGGAACCUGGCAUCCGAGGAGUGAAAAAGCUGCUAUAUCCUCAAAUGAUGAAGAUCUUUUUAUUACUGGACAGUUCCAGAAAACGCUUGCAGAACUCAAUGAAGAUCUGGAAGAAAUGGAAGAGAGUUACGAAACGGACACCAGCUCUCCAACCAGCUCUGUAAACGGCAUGUCCAACGGCUGCACAAGGGACACCGUGGUCCCCCACAGCGAUGUGGACACGAUCCCAGUGACGUUCAUAGGGGAAGUUUUAGAUGAUCCUGUUGAUUUGGCAUUGUUUUCCAAUAGGAACAACAAUGCUGGUUCUUUUGACAUGGGGAACAUAGCCAGCAGGAGAGUUGACCUGCCACCAGAUCACGCCGAGCAUAGCCAGGAACACAGCAAGAAGAGGACAGGACUGCCCAACUCAGCUGCCGUUUCCCAUGGUGUCGGGAAACAACUCAAGUUCUCUGUGUCCCAGACCUGUAAAGAUGUGAAUCUGAACCAAGGGGAGCCCAAGAUGACCUCUGCUGCAAAGCUUCAUACACAUGACCUCAGUGCAAAGGAGAAAGGCAGGGAGCCCACCUCCACCCUCAGGGGGAGGACACAGGCUGUCAGGACCGCAACUCCACCCCCAGUGGAGGAAAAGGAAGGUGGAGGUAAGAAUGGAGUCUCAGCACCACCGUCAUGGUAUCAGCGAGCCCAGAACUCAGGGGGGAGCUACGGCCUUAAGUACGGCCUCACGACAUAUAAAAUUGUCCCUCCAAAGUCAGAGAUGCGGUGUUAUGACAGAGGGGUUUCCCUCUCAGUUGGCGCCAUCAAGAUUGAUGAGCUCGGGAACCUGGUGUGUCCCCGCACACAUGCAGGCAGGACCACAGCCUUGCCCUCGUCCACUCUUGAAGCAGAAAUGCAACCCAUCGGAAAAGUCAAAGAUUUCUGGAGGUCAAACUCAAUGGGAAAGCAGUGUGGCCGGCCCACGGAGUGCUCGGCCAAGAGGUCCCCCACCCCUGCCGCACCAGUGGAGCCCCAGCAUCCAGAAAGCAGGCCCAAAGCAGAGCCCACCUUCCCAGACCCCAGGGUGGCACCGCCCCAGCAGCUGGCCACCCACCACAGAGAUGGGAGCCAUGCGCUGGAGGGGAGAAGCCGGCCUCCCACGGCAACCCCGGGGCAGCUGAGGGGGCCAGCAGCUACCACGGAAGUCCCGUUUCUUAAGCCUCAGAGAAGAACCUCCAGUCAGUACGUGGCCUCUGCCAUUGCCAAGCGGAUUGGGACCCCUAGGGCCCACCCAGAUGUAGUGAGGAAGCAGGACGACGUCCAGGAGCCCCACGAAGGCAGAGGGCCAGAGCCAGCUGGAUGGCCUCCCGCUGCAAAGGACUCAGCCACCCCCAGCUGGUGCUCAGAGUCACAUGACCGUGAGGACAGCGGGGAGUCUGCAGUAGGAGCCCAUCCCAGACGGCAAGUCAGCAGCCCUCAUGGAGAGCUGUGUACCCAACACUGUUCUGCUGGCAUCCACAGGGGCUCCUCCAUCCCACUGGUCCCAGCUUCCCAGAGGGACCAUGUCUCUGUGGGACGGAGCUGUGGUUCCAGUGGGCAACAAAGUACCAGCAGCCACAGGACCAGAUCAGCCUCUGACCCCAAAAGCACGUUGGACAGUACCAACCCCCUACGUCCUCGCUCAGAUGAUCAGACUCAAGUCAGGGCCCUCGUGAACGGCUCCAGGUGGGUCCCUGCCCACAGCGAGCCUCCUCCCUCUUCAAGGGCAGCUGGCACGUGUAGCCAUGCUGGAUGGGAGCCCUCAGAACUGGAGGAGAAGUCCGGUUUGUCAUGCACAGAGGUACACACGUCCAAUGGUGUGUUGCCACCCAGCAUCUUUGGGCCAAAGAAAAAAUUUCGACCUGUUGUCCAGAGGCCAGCGCCAAGAGACACAUGCCUGCACAGCGCCCUGAUGGAAGCCAUCCACUCAGCGGGCGGGAGGGGCAGGCUUCGCAAGACCACAGAGCACACCGCGGAGGGAGGGCCAAAGAAACCAUCUUAUGUGGAGGCAGAGAGUGAGCGCUCAGCCCUGCUGGCAGCCAUCCGCAGGCACAGUGGUGCCUGCAGUCUGCGGAAGGUGUCCUCCUCCGCCUCCGAGGAGCUCCAGAGCGCCCGGGACGCCGUGCUGUCUGCACCCAGAUCCAAGCCCGCGGGGCCGGGAGACCUUCCCGCUCAGCCCUCAGCCAGCCUGCCGGCCCUGCCCCCUCCAGCCCCCCAGGCCCCCUCCGCAGCCAGGACGGCAUCCAGGGCCAGCCCCGGGCCCCUCAGCAACCCAGCCGAAGCCAGGCAGGCCUUGAUGGACGCCAUCCGCUCGGGCACAGGGGCUGCGAGGCUGAGAAAGGUGCCCUUGCUCGUGUGAGCCAUCGCUGAGAUCAGAUCACGGGAUCCGCGCCGGUGACAGCCACACCCACCGCUCCAGGACCUCGGCAAGGGGCCUCCAGAGUUGCUGUACUUCUUGUCUACAGGCCAAAACUCACACGGUUGAGUUUCAGUCUCGGACAGUGGCUCAGAGGGAGGGGAGUUGCUCUGCUGCAUGGCUUGUGUGCCAAGGAAAUGGAUUUGCCUCUGAAUAUUUAAAGUUGCCAAUAAACUAUUCUUGUUGGCAGGUUAAUGGAAUCUAAGUGCUGGAGUUCACACUACUGUUUAAUUAUAGUGACCUUAGACCAUAUACUGGUUUUGGACCUUUGAGACUUUUACCAUAUAGAGAUGAUGACACCAUUUAGUUUAAAAUUGUUUGAAAGCCAAUGAAAAUAUUUGAAACAAUCAGAAUAUAAGGCACUCCAUGAUGUUUUGGGAGUGAGCAGAAGGAGUAAGGAGGCUUUUGUAAAGUUGACUUUGUUGAAUAAUGAAGCUAUUGGACUUUAUUCCUCAAGAAUUUGGGUUAAAGCCUCAUGGUGGGCUGCAGACCAUGAUCUGACUGACUAAGCUUUUUAAAACUACUGAUCCUGCAAAAUAAUAGUCAUAAAAGAUGUGUGGACAGGGCAUAUCUGAGGUCUCCAGCCUGAGAUUGGGGUGACAGUGGAGUGGGCCGUUGCUGCCCCAUUUGGACAGUGUUCCCCAGUGGGCUGUGAAGAGACCAGGCCCCCACAGGGGGACUGUUCCGGAGCCCGGUGGCUUCCCUGGGAGCCCUCCGACAUCCUGCAUGGGGCCAGGAACGGGGAUGUGGGCCAUCUGCAUGUCACCAAGAUCAGAUCAAAACUGUGCUUAUAGUUCACAGUUUGGGUUCAGUCCUGAUGGUUUGGGCUAACAGAUGAGUGGCUUCCCUGUAACAUACGGCAGGCAGCCACCUGUAUUAAUAACAGAGUUUAGUAUGGCAGUAGUUUUCCCAUCUCUUUAAAAUAUUUUGUUACAUUACAGAAAGCUCUUUAAGAGAUAAUAGAAAUCAAGUUCAUGAAACAAAAUGUCAUAAACAACAAAUAUGGUAAAGUCAUUUUAGUGUUUCACCAUGAUUUCAGAUCCAGACAUCAGGUAGAAUGGAAACUUUGCUCUGUCUGAUUACUCUCUGCUUCCUCGGUGUGGCAAGGGCAUGCAGCCAACUGCUCUGAAACCACAGUCUCUACUGUACUUUGUCUCUCAGUGCCACAAAUAAAAGAAAAUGAAAUUGUU